CCUUUCCUUUGGCACAGUUUGUAGAAUAUGGCCGCGUCCGUACUAUGUGCUGGCACUGUGAGCAGGGUGAGUUCUGUCCUCCAGAGAGAUGUCAAGCAAUUUGGCAAGCAGUUUCUGUUUGACAAUAAAGAGGAGACCUGCUGGAACUCAGACCAGGGAUCAUCUCAGUGGAUCACAGUAGAAUUCCCACACAAUGUCUUGGUUUCCCAACUUUAUAUCCAAUUCCAGGGAGGCUUUUCAAGUAAAACCUGUAUAUUGGAAGGGUGCCAGAAAGAUGAAGAAUUGGUGAAAAUAGCUGAUUUCUACCCAGAGGACACCAAUGCCUUGCAGAAAUUCAGUUUUGCUGAACAGUCUGUACACAAGAUAAGGAUCACAUUCACAAAUGGCACUGAUUUCUUUGGAAGAAUUAUUGUUUACCACCUGGAUGUCUUAGGCCAGAAGUAAUACGAUUUCUACCCAGAAGGUAUCUCAUUAAAUGCGGUUUAACUGCACUAUCCAUGCUGCAGAGGAACAAAAACAAAGCAAACCAAACAAAAACUGGUUUUGGCGACAAAAUAGGUGAACAAUCAACUGAAACGUAAAAUCAUUGGUUCAGUAUUUUGUUAAAAACAUUAAGUGCUAAGAUGCAAGGUGAUUUUAAACAACUUGUUGCUGCAUAUAUCUACCUCAAAGCUUCAAUAAAGGAUUGAAGGUACACCAUACCACCAUAGCACAAGGGUUGAGGAGCACUACAUGCUGAUAUAAACAGGUGGGGCAACAGUGGCAGCUGGUUGAUGGCAGGGACACUGCUCUAUUCCUAGAAUAUGACUGCCCAUACAACCCUAUGUACUCAACAUAACAUUUUUUUUUUAUUAAUUUGAUCAGGUAUACUUUUAUAGUCUUGCUGCCAUGGAUUAAUCAGGAGUAAUGACCAUAUGCUUAUUCAUAAUUUGUCUUGCAUAAUAUAGCAAAAUAAACACUUGUACCUUUUUGGAUCCAGAAAAAAUGUAAAUAAGCCAGUUAUC